GAGGUAUGUAUGUGUGUUCAACUUUAAAAAUCUUGGGAGGGGGCAGCUGAGAAGGGUGAGGAAUGUGCCAGCCGGACUGCCAUUCAGUGGGCGAUCUAUUAAUAAUCCCAGUGAGCUGUUGGCUCAGAAGCAGUAGAAAUACUGUACAGAUCUGCCAGAGGAGCAGGACAUCUACACGGCCGUUCUGUGCGUCCAGACCUGCUUUUAGUCCAUGAGUAUCCUAUUGUGAAGACUCCUCAGAGGAAAGUAUGGUGAGGAACAUUGAUGAUCUGGAAUUCUGUCUCCCUUCCCAUUCAGACUCUAUUCUGGCAGGUCUACAGUCCCUGAGGUUUAAUCCACAGCUCUCUGAUGUUACGUUGAGAGUUCAAGGACGGGAGUUUCCUUGCCAUCGUGCUGUGCUGGCAUUGUGCAGCCAAUACUUCCAUGCCAUGUUCACUGGGAACUUCCAGGAUAGCAUUUCUGCACAUGUAGAAAUCAAAGAGGUGGACCCAGAGUUCUUGGAAACAUUGAUUAAUUUCUCCUACACUGGUCGCCUGACUAUUAACCAAGGCAAUGUAGAAGGACUUAUUCGUAUCUCCAACCAGCUCAAUUUCCCUGCAGUGCGUAAAGUUUGUAUUCGGUAUUUGCAGCAGCAGAUGGAUGCCACCAAUAGCUUAGGCAUAUGGGAAUUUGGUGAAACCCACGGCUGCCCUGAAGUUACAGCAAAGGCCUGGUCUUUCCUACAAGAGAAUUUUGAGGCUGUAUCUCAAGAGGAAGAAUUUCUACUUUUACCCCCUGAGCGUCUACUUCACUACCUAGGGGAUCCUCUGCUACAAGUAAAAGAAGAUCAGAGUCGGGCAAAGGCAGUUCUUCAGUGGGUCAGGCAAGAUGUGGAGAGCAGGGCUCACUUCCUUCCAGAGCUGCUUAGUAUGGCCAGGUUAUCAAGUCUAACUGACCACUACCUGCAAGAACUAAUGGAUGCUGAGCCAUUGAUCAGUGAAUCAGACACAUGCCGGGCAUUGGUCAGCAGGAACAUUGGGCAGGUGACAAAGGGCCGUAGUGAGCAGACAUCAGUAUCUCUUCAGCAAGUGCUGGCGGUGGUAGGAGGAAAGGUUUUGGAGGACGAGGAAGAUGAGGAUGAAAAUGAAGAUGAAUCUUCUAGAACACCUCCAAACUUUGCUUAUUACAAUCCCAAAACCAAAAUGUGGAUGUCACUUCCAGACUUCCCUGAUUAUAAUAAAUGGGGAUUCUCGGUCACUUCACUGAAUAAUGAUGUCUAUGUCACAGGUGGUUCUCGAGGUUCUCAAGAUGAUUCUUGGUCCACACGUCAAGGAUGGCGCUUUGUACUGAAUGAAGGGAUAUGGAAACAAUUAUCACCUAUGAUUCAUCCACGAACCAAUCAUGCCAGUGCUUCUCUAAAUGGGGAAAUAUAUGUCAUUGGAGGAACCUUACAGGAGGCAGUGGAAGUAGAGUGUUAUGACCCCUACAGUGGAACAUGGUCAUCAGUAAGCCCUGCUCAGAAGUAUGUCAGCAAUUUUAAUGCUGUUGGAUGUGGAGGAAAGCUGUACCUGGUUGGAUCCUGUGCCGUAAAGUACAAUGCAUUGACACUUCAGUGCUACAAUCCAUCUACAGACAGUUGGUGUGUCAUUGCAUCUCCAUUCAUCCCCAAGUACCUGUCCUCACCUCGAUGCUGUGCCCUGGAAGGAGCUGUGUAUCUUAUUGCUGAUAACACCAAAAAAGUGUAUAUGUAUCUUCCAGAAGUCAAUUUGUGGAAAAAGGUGCAGCUAUUGCAUACUCUUCAUGAAAAUGGAGGCAUGACCACUGUUGGUUCUAGGAUCUAUGUGACAGGUGGUCAUUGGCAUGGCAUGGCUCGAGAGUACAGUGUGGUAAUGGAGUCAUACGACAGCAGUUCAGAUACUUGGACUCGAAACGGUGCUUUGCCAAACCGUUGGAUGUACCACGGUACAUCUGCCAUCUUUAUGGACACCUCAAGUUGGACAAGUGUGUUCCAAGGACAAACAGAAAUGGAAGUUUGAUUGGAUGCUACCAAAAAUUAUUGGCAAAGCCAACACACGUAUUAUUACCGUAAAUGUGCAAACAAAGUGGCACAUUUAUUUAUUAAUAAACCCCUAAGCUAGCUGUGGAUCCGGCGGAGUUACAAAAACGCAUCGGCCUCUCCAUAACGCUGGCAGAUCAUGCGCCAGUUGUAAAUGUAAGACAGCUUCCUGGCUGUCUUACAUUUAGACCUUUUUCUACGCCUCCCGGCCCGUCCCCUUGCCCUCCAAGCCCCAUUUUUUAAACCUGGCGUGAGCUGGGAGAAGUCGCAGAUUGUGGCACAACUAUCAGUUGCGCCCCAAUCUGUGCCUGAAAUACGACUAAUUCAAGUGUAUUUCAGCAUGAUAAAUGAUCCCAAAGUUUUUAAAAAUAGCUAUAGAAAACACAAAUCUGACAAAGAAUGGUAUUUGACAAUAUCCAUUUGCUUACAAGUUUGCAAUUUUUUUUAUACAAAUAUAUACAGGUGAAUAUUCCAUUUUUACUGUUUGAAGCUUGGUCCAUGUUGAUAUGUUGAAUUUUUUCUAUGUUUUAACUUUUAUAACUUUAGUCUAGUGUGAUGCACACAUUGACUUACAUAUGGCUGAUAUGACUAUAUGGUUAUUAUUACAUCAAGAUAAAAAAAAAAUAAUGUAAAUCUGAAGAUAUAAUCCUUAUGGAUUUUGCUUUUGUACUUCUUACAUUCUUGGUUUCAUCAGACCAGAUAAGCUUGUUUCUCGCAGUCUAAGAGUACUUUAGGUGCUUUUCUGUGAACUCUAGUUGGGCUUUCAUGUGUCUUUUACUGAGAAGCUUCUUUCUGGCCACUAUGCUAUAAAGCUCAGAUUGGUGGAGUGAUGCAGUGAUUGGUUGACCUUCUGGAAGUUUCUCCCAUCUGCAUCCAGGAUUUUUGCAGCUCAGGCACAGUGGCCACUGGGUUCUUGGUCACUUCUCUUACCAAGGUGCUUCUCGCUCGAUUAGUUUGGUGGAGCGGCCAGCUCUAGUAAGAGUCCUGGUUGUUCCAAAUGUCUUCCAUUUAAGAAUUAUGGAGGCCACUGUGCUCUUGGAGCCUUUCAGUGCAGCAGAAUUUUUUUGCCCCCUUCUCCAGAUCUGCACCUACAUCUACAGGAAGUUCUUUCCUCCUCAUGGCUUGGUUUUCACUCUGAUAUGCAAUGUUAGACCUUGAGAGACCAGGUGGACUCCAAUAAAGGCAUAGAAACAACUAAGAGAUGAUCAAUAGAAAUGAGAGGCCUCAGAGCUAAAUUUCAAGUGUCAUUGCAAAGAAUCUGAAAACUUACUGUAUGUCCAUGCAAAAUUGUAGUUUUUCCUUUUGAAUAAAUUAGCAAAAACUUCUAA